AUGAUGCAAGUGAUUGCCGAAGAUAACGGUAACCAAUCAGAGAAUGAUAAAGUUGGUACUGAUGAAAAUGUGACAAUAACCCGAUUGGGAGAUUCUAGUGGAAAACAUUUUCAAGAAAAGGGGAAAAGCAGCAAUGUGGAUCACCUGCCUAUAGUUAAUAGCCGGCAGGAAAGUCAAGUAUCUUCUGCCCGCUCCACCAUUAGUUCCUUAAUGUUACCCGCUAGCUCAGGAACAGGAAGUCGACCAACAACUAGAGGGAGUAGUAGUGUGCCAUCUAUAAGACAACGUCCUGUUACAGGGGCUUCCCUUAUUAGACCAAUUCGCAAUGACUCAUCACCAAGAAGACCAUCUACCGAACCAAGUCCUAGAAACACUAACAAACGUAGGACAUCUGUGAAUAACAAAACUAAUCCAAAUAAACAAAAGUUUACUCGAUUGGAUGGACGGUUCUUUCGGUCACGUCAAAGAGAAUCUGCUGAAAAUAAAAAUGAACCAGAGGUUCCAGCUGAACCCGAAUUAAAACCGGGUGAGUUACAUAGAGUAUUUCACUCAAGAUCAAAAUCAAAAUAUGGGAGACGUAACUCUAACUUUGUUAUGAUUGACACAGGUUCUGUUCCCCAAGCUUUCAAAGGAGACACAUCUGAGAAUAUGUCCAGAUUGUCCCUUGAUUCUAAAGGGGGUUCUUUCAAACCAACAGAACAUGGAAUUGAUAUGACAAAACAUACAGGAGCAUUUGUGUAUCCAGAACAAAAUAUUAUGCAGUAUAUCCAUUACAAAGGUCGUAAAUUUAAGACUUUUUAUUUCAACCCGACGCCACGUUGCGAUUUGGAGAGUGAUGAAGAAGUGGAGGAUGUCGAUGAUGUAGUGAACUUACUUCACGCAAAUCUUGAUAUGGACUUAACAAACAUGGAAAUGAACAAUCUGCCAGAUAUCAAUCAAGCGUCGGGGAAACCUGGGGAGGGAUUGGGGGUUCCCUCAGGAAUGCCUCAACGAUCUACAACCCCUAGCUACAAGUCAUUUAGCAAUAAAUUUGCCCCUCCCCCUGCCUCACUUGUUAAACGGCGUAAAGAACAAAAGGCUAAAGAGGAAGAAGAAAAUGCUAGGAAAUUUUUAAGAACUCCUGAGCUGGAUCGUAGGGGUAGUGUAUCUGAUUGGAAUUUUCAUAGCAUGACAUUUCGCGAGGAAGAUGGAAUAUACAAUUGACAUGAACUAUUCAUUUUAUAUUUUAUAUCAAACCUUUUAUAUAUUACCAUAUGUAUAAAUACCAUACUUAACCCUGUAAUGAAAUUAUUGUGUUCUGUAGCUAUGUUGUCAUGGCCUGUACUCCUGUAAGUAAAUUGUUGGGGACUGU